AUGUUACAAAAUAAUGAUGAACAAGAGAAAUCUCAAUUCGAACAAAUAUCUAUUAUUCCUAAACGAGAUGCUGAUGAAAAAGCAUUUCAAGAUAGAGAAAAAGCAUUAUUACUAGCAGGUACGGUAGAAGUUCGUGUUCAUUGUGUUGGUAUUAAUUUUCGUGUUGUACCCAAAUCACGUGGUCUUUAUCUACAUACACGUACUUUCGCACAAUCUGUUGAAAAUCAACCAAAAUUCAAUCGAGAUACAGAACCAGGUUCAGAUUUUGUUGGUACUAUUGUACGUGUAGGUCCUAGAACAACUAGUUUUCAAGUUGGUGAUCAUGUUGUAGAUUCUACUACUGGUCAAACUGUUCUUAUUCAUGUUGCAACAGGUGCUUCAGGUCAAUGGUGUAUUCAAUAUUGUCAAUAUAUUGGUACUCGUGUUAUUGCUACAGCUACAACUGAAGAAAAACGACGUUUUCUUCGUGAAUACUAUGGUAUUGAACAUGUAUUUAAUAGUCGAAAUACUUCUUUUGUUAAUCAAAUACCUCAAAUUCUUCCACAAGGUGUUGAUGUUAUUGUUAAUUCAUUAUCGAGCAAUUUAUUAAAAGAAUCAAUUAAAGUAUUAGCAUAUCAUGGUUAUUUUGUUGAAUGGAGUAAACGAGAUAUUUAUCAUAAUAGCAGUUUAUCAAUGUUUCAACUACGAUCAGAUUGUAGUUUUCAUGUGAUUGACUUCGCUGGACUUGCUGACCAUGUAUCGCCUCUUAUUCGUCUUAUGCUAGAAGAAACAAUUGAUUUAUUUGUUCAACAAGCAUUAUUAAGAUAUAAGAGUGGUCAAGUUAUGGGUAAAACAGCUUUUCGUAUAACUUCAUCUGAUCAACCAUUAAAUAUUCAUAAAAAACAAAUUAAUAGUUUAUUAAAAGUUGUAAGUGAUAAUACAAUGUUUCCAUCAGAAGUUUGUAAUCAAGCAACUAUUUUAAUAUCUGAUGGUUUUGUUAGUCUUGGUUUAACAAUAUCUCGAUGGAUGAUUGAACAACGAGGUGUUAAACAUAUAGCAUUUGUGAAAUAUAAAGCUCAUGUUGAUGUUGUUCAAGCAGAUGUAACAGAUUUUCAACAAGUUCAUGAUUUAAUUAAAAGAUUUAAUAAAACUCCUUAUCCUAUUCGUGGUAUUAUUCAUAGUGCUGUUGUUGCAGAAGAUCGUGCUUUGAAUAAUUUAACACAAGAACAUUCAUCACUUGUUUUACCACCAAAAGUUCAUGGUGCUUGGUAUCUUCAGCAAGCUACACAACUGCUUCAUGCACCUAUUCAUUUUUUUAUUAUGUUAUCAUCAAUUCGAAAUCAUUUACUUGAAGUUGCAUCUGCUGGUUAUAAUGCUGGUAAUCAAUUUCUUGAUGCACUUACUUAUUAUCGUUUUACAAAAUUUACUUUAUCAGCACUUUCAGUUAGUUUACCAGCUGUAAGUGGUGCUGGAAUGUUUCAUCGUCAUAAAGAAAUGCUCAGUACUCUAAAAAAACACAAGGUUUUGAAUUAA